AUGGCAGGUGGUAGUGGAAUAUCUGUUCGUUGGAUUUCACCGAUAAUAACAGCUUCUGUUAUUGUUAUGUCAAUUUUGAUCACUCUUUUAAUUCAUUCAUUUUCUUAUAUUGAUUUUUAUGAAUUUGGUUUUCUUCGUCGUCGAUCUACAGGUCGUGUUAAUCUUGAUCGAAUUUAUGAAAGUGGACGAUAUUUUCUUGGACCAGAUCUUACUUUCAAAAUAUUUAAAGCUUCAGGACAUCAUGUCAAUUUAAAUAAUACACCGGUUUUUACGACAGAUAAUUUACAAGUUCACCUAAAAAUAUCUUAUCAAUAUUUUCUUAUCAAAGAAGAUUUACCACUUCUUCAUGCUGCAUAUGAUAUUAAAUAUGAACCAAUUAUAACAUUGAAUGCUAAAGAAGCAAUUAUAUCAACAUGUUCACGAUUUGAUACUGAUGAAUUUAUAAAUAAUCGAAAUAAAAUUUGGCGUGAAAUUUAUUUUGGUGUUAAAAGUCAUUUAGGUGGUUCUUGUUGUAUUCCUAAGUGUAAAAAUAAUUGUCCAAAAUGUCCAAUACAUGAACAAUGUAUUUCUGAUUGUAAACCACGUGAAAAAGGUUGUAAUAAAGAAGAGAAAGGCUUAUUUGUUGAACUACGAUAUCUUCAAUUGCAUGAUAUUGAUGUUCCUGAUCGUGUUAUGGAACGACGUCUUCUUAGUUUAGUUCGUGAUUUAGAAAAAGAAAAAGAAGAAUCAUUAAAUCAAGAAGCUCUUAUUAAAAAACAAACUGAUAUAUUAGUAUAUCAAUUUCGUAAUAAUGCAACACAAACAAUUGCAUUUUCUGAAGCUCAAUCUAAAUUAAAACGUGACCAAGCUAAAGCUGAUGCACAUAAAAGUACUGAAUUAGCUCGAAUUAAUGGUUUAGCAUCGAUGUGUUCAAGAUUAGGUUUUACACAAGCAAAAGAUAUUAAUUCUCUUGAAUAUUUACAAACAUUAAAAGAUUCAAAAGAUAAUAUUACAUAUUCAAUUGACUUUAGUCAUGCUAUUUUACAAAAUUCAAAAUUAACAUAA